AAUUUUUCAGUUUGACUAAUCCCUCCAAACAUGCCUUUUCACCUUCUGUUAUGAAAAUCCCUGAAGACAAUCACCGAAUGAUUUAUUUUGCCGUCUCACCUUACUUCUUUGACUCAGCCAAACAAGUUUACCAAGAUGCUGGAAUAAAAUCCCUCAAAAUGACUAAUGAAAUGGUUCCAAAGGACUCCAAAUUCCCUCUGACAACCAAGGUCUAUGGAACUCUGAUCCCUCAGGUUUCCAAGAACUUCCCCAACAUGAAAAUGCAGUUCAUCCUUGACAUGCCUUCUAUACCAUCUAUCAUCAUCACCUCUAAAAAUAAUACGAGCUUCAUGUCUUCUAUUUCAACUCAAGCCUAUGCUAUUUUCCCUAAUUCUUCUCUGGCCCCGCUCUUUCGGAUUAGCCUGGUCAGUAUGGAUUGGGCUUGGAAAACUCAUGGGUGGUAGCAUAGUCCAACUGAAUGAGCUCUGGUUUGUCCACAUAUGUAGCACUACAAAAACAACAACAACAAAAAAACCCCAACAAUCCAGAAGCCAGGACAUCAAGUCAGAGCCCUUGUUCUAGUCCUAGUUCCAAUGCUAACUUGUAUUCUAGAAAAGCACUGGAUUUGGAGGCAGAAGACAAGUGUUCCAACCUCACACAUUACCUAUAUGACCUUGGGCAAAUCCUUUUUGUUCCAGGUCUCAGUUUCCUCCUCUAUAAAAUGAGGUGAAAGUAGACCAAUCUCUUCAGCUUUUUUCUCUAUGUUCCUAACUCCCUUUAUGAAUCUGAACGGGGCCUAUAUGGAUUGGAGAUGAAGAAUCAUAGAUUUAGAUCAGAAUGCAGAAUUAGAGCAGGGUUUCUUAAAUCUAACUUCUCCCUCUCUCCCUCUCAUUUUGCAGAUAAGGAAACUGAUGUGUAGCAGCAAGUGUAUGAGGCAGGGUGGGAACCUAAGUCUCUUUCCAAUUCCAAGUUCAUUGCCCUAUCCAAUAAACCAAGGCCUCUUUGAGGACCUUGAGGUUCAUGAAUUUUUUUCUUUCUAAUUGGAAAACUAUUUAAAUGUUAUCUUGGGAAUAACACAGAACU